UCCAAGGGUCACUGCCGGUGGUGGCAACUGGUGGCCCCGUCCCUCUGCUGCCAGCAAGAUGGUUCCUCUGUCCGACUUUCAGCGGAUUGGUGUGGGAUUGGUUGGCUUUGGCCUCUUCUUUGUCCUUUUUGGGAUGCUCUUGUAUUUCGACUCAGUGCUCCUGGCUUUUGGGAAUAUCCUCUUCCUCUCUGGCUUGGUCUUCAUCAUUGGCUUCAGGAGGACCUUCACCUUCUUCUUCCAGAGACCAAAGCUGAAGGGCUCCAGCUUCUUCUUUGGGGGGGUCCUCAUUGUGCUCAUGAGGUGGCCUCUUGGCAUGCUGCUGGAGGCUUACGGCUUCAUCACCCUCUUCAGUGGGUUUUUCCCGGUGGCUUUUGGGUUUUUGGGCUCACUGGUGAACAUCCCUGUGCUGAACAAGCUCUUGCAGAAAGUGGGAGGCAGCAGCUCCAUGGUGUGAUGGAGCAGUCCCUGGAGGUGGGAUUGCUGUCCCCAGCUGAGCUGCUGCUUCCUGGGACCCUCAGGUGCUGGCUGGAGCCACCCCAACUCCAGGGAUGGUUCCUCUCAGGGCUCCUGUGAGCAGCUCUGAGGGGGUCUCUGGAGCCCAGAUGCUGUGCCAGGCAGGUUUCUGGAAUCAUCAGCAUUAUUUUAUCCUUUUUGUCUUCUAUUGGUGAAGGAUUUAAUUAAAAAGUGGGUUUGGAGACCAAA